CGAUAGAAUGCUCGCACGGUAGUUGUCGCCCUUUCACCCCGUGAUAAACAUGCAAUCCAUUCGCCAGGUACAACGCCUUAACGAUGUAGAGCUCGAAAAGUGUGUGCCACCAAACGCAUCAUGGCACACAGAUUAUCGUGACACUGCCUACAUUUAUAUUGGCGGCCUUCCCUUUGAACUUUCGGAGGGCGACGUCUUGACCAUAUUCUCCCAAUACGGUAAUCCAGUCCACAUCAACCUUGUGCGAGACAAGGAAACUGGCAAAAGCAAAGGCUUCGCCUUCCUCAAGUACGAAGACCAGCGGAGUUGCGACCUGGCUGUUGAUAACCUCAGCGGCGCAGGAGUCAUGGGGCGAGUCAUCAGCGUGGAUCAUACGCGGUACAAGAAGAAGGAAGGGGAGGUGGAAGGUCUCGGAGACGAGGCCGAUGAAGGCGAUGAGACGGAGCGUGAGAGUGAGAGUCGCAAGAAGCGGCGCAGGACGGAAAGUGAAAGCGGAGGGGAGGAGACGCCGAUGUUGAAGGAGGAGCGUGAGCUGGCGCAGUUAAGGAAGGAAAUGGACGAUGAUGACCCAAUGAAGGCGUAUCUGGUGAAGGAGAAGCAGGCCGAGGUUGAGGAGGCUUUGCAAGCGGUGGCGAAGCGGAAGAAGGGGCGGAUUGAAGGUGAGCGACAUCACAAACACCGGCCCCAUCGAUCAAGACGAGAUGACGCAGAUGGUGGGGAUGAGGACAGACGGUCGAGGCAUCGGAGAAGGACGAACGGAGACAAGGCGGAGGAUGACGACGGGGUCGAUCGAAGGCGUAGGCAUCGAUACCACGACGACGGUGUAGACGAUGAGUACGCCAGCAAGCAGAACACAUGGGAUGGCAAGAAAGAAAGCCCAGAGGGCGAGAGGCGGCGUAGAAGACGCCGCGAUCCCUCGCAUUCCGGACGGUCAAGCAGUGCUGAGAGAGUGCAACGACGUUAGGGUGGUAUGGGGUCCGCUGAGAGACAGACGCAUCAUAGGUUAUAGGGGACCUGGAACAGGUUGGCGGCGGGCUGCACGUCAACGUUCCAGGUCGGGAAACCGCAGAUUCGGAGCGAUCGACCUAUUGGUGGUAUUACAGAAGCUGUAACGUCCUUGCUUUUGCCUUGCGUGGCAGUACGAUGUGUAUAGGGAGACUGGGCGUGGCGCGGAACAUGGACGCUCAAGCGGAUGUUAAUGUGAGCCUUGGUCUUGCAUCAUUCUGCACGUUUUCUCCUUUCACUCCAUCUCUGCUGAUAGUCUUCCACCGGUGUUGCUAUCAUUUCUGGUGCAGUUGUUAGCGUGUCCAGCGCGGGUGCUGGUCUGCUGUCGCUGUCUCUGUAGCUCUUUGCGAGCGCCCAGAAACUCAACACUUACGACAUAGCUUACAAGAUGCGCCGGAGAU